UCAGAACACUUAUGAAACUAGUGCAAAGGAUGUGAAGUUACUCAUAUCCCUUAUGGUAUUUAUGGUGAUCAUCUUUAUGGCGUUUCUAUUCUGGGAAAAUGAGCUGAAUGAAGAUAUAGGGAUAAUGACCUUACAGCACUUACACAUGGAUUAUCCUAAGAGCAACAUUCCUAAAAGGUACUGCAACAACAUGAUUUUACGAAGAAUCAUCAGGGAACCUGACCACACCUGUAAAAAGGAACAUGUCUUCAUCCAUGAGAGUUUCCAACAUCUCAAUAAUGUCUGCAGUUCUACCAAGAUGAUGAUUUGUCAAAAUGACACCUCGUUAUUCUGUUUUCAGAGUGAGAAAAGAUUUAAAGUGACAGUGUGUCAUCACCUGGGUGGUACCAAAUAUCCUGCAUGUAGGUACACCACUUUCCCCACAGAAGCCUUUAUCAUUAUCAGCUGCAAUGUCUUGGGGCCAGAUGAAUUUUAUAAAUAUGUCGAAUAAUUUGAAACAAGUUCCCGAAUCUGACAGCAUCUCUUCUCCAGUCUCACAGGAACUGGAAUUGGUUUUCCCUGAGGCAUGCUGCUAACU